CAUCAUCCUCAUCAUCAUCAUCAUCAUCAUCAAGACAGCUUCCACCAUCAUCAUCAUCAUCCAUACAAGCCCCAUCCAGCAGCAUCUAGUUACCGUGGCAGCAAACAGUACGUUACCGAUCAGAGUGAUGUUGAUUACAACGGUUUCAGCGAGACACAGCAGGAGGAUGACGAUGAAGGCCAAGUCUACGGAGAAGGAGGCGAGGAGGAAGAGUUUGAAGUGGAGCUGAGCGAGGAGAUGCGGCAGUUCUUCCUUCAGUCGCAGAAGCAUCGAGAGGAGCUGAAGGAGCUUAGACUCGCUAUCAACCAAAAGGAACAUGCGGAAAGGACUAAAGAUGGCGAUAUGGCACAUGAAAACGCAGAAGAAGAUGAGUCCUAUGAUGAUGAGUUUGAGAUGAGCUUUACCAGCUCCAAGAAGGGCAAGAAGAAACAUAUAAUUGGUGCCCCAGUAGAACAGCCUGGUAGGAGAAGAGCAGAGGAGAUGAAGAUUCUGUAUGGCAAGGAUUCACCAGCCAUUCACGGGAUGGAGACAGCUAUCCAGAUGCAGUUUGACAGGAACUGUGACAAAAAGCAGCCCAGUUUCUGGCCUACUGUACCCCUCAAAAUGUAGCCAAAAUGGAAAACACUGCCGAGAAAUAGAGUUACGAAAUGCUAACAUCAUAUUCGCUCGUCGUCCAGGUUCCUGGUUCUGAGGUUAAUCGCGGAAUUAUUCAAGCAACGGGCUGGAGCAGGGCACAUGCAGUGUUUGGCGCUGCCAUGAUCACCACGCAAUUGUUUGGCACAAAAUUGUUUGGGACCAGCAUUCUUGACAACUUGGCCAGUAUGACGUCACCCUUUGGUACUCGGCCCCUUUCCUAAAUGAUUUUUCAUUGGUUCAGAUAAGACAUGAUUGAAAUGCCUAAAAGAAACGUUACAACAAAUUGAAAAUGUUUUAUGGCAUGAAGAUGGGCUAUGAUCCAUCCGGUUUGAUAGGAACUGUGACAAAAAACAAGCCACCUUCUGGCCUACUGUACCCAAGAUGUAGCCUAUGUGACAUGAACUAUCUGAAAAUAGGUGUUUCCUAGUGAUCUUCAUGAAGCCUUGUGAGGUCAUAACAUGGUAAACUGCCUCAAAUUACAAUUCUACAGCAAAUGGAAAUAUUUGAAGGCAUGAAGAAAGAGCAUCCCACCUUUGGGCGUACCGUACCCCUGAAGAUGUGGUUGUAAUGGAAUCGUUGGUAGAAAACAAGCUUUUCUUGACAAUUUAUUAUUAAGCCUCGACUUUGUUCAGACAUUCCCUUGUAACCUGCCAAAGAUAUAAAAACACCAUUGUAAGAGAAAAAAAUUAUGUGUACAUUAAUAGCAAGUGGAGGUGAAAAGUUUACAAAUAGCUGCAUGCAAUAAAGUCCUUUAAGUCUAGGUUUUUUAACCAGGGUGCCACAAGAGAUGAUAUUUCUUAUUUUUAAACAUUAUUUUGGAAGAACAUCAAUUUUGUGAAAACACAAUAGGAGAAAUUGCCGGAGUAUAUAAUUUCAUGAGAAAAUUGAAUUUCAAAAAUUACGAAGUGCCUUUCUUUCUUGCUCGCUUUGCAUAAUGUGAUUGGUUUGGCCAUGUGCACUUUUAAAAUGGUGCCUGUCGGGAAUACUCCCUAGGGCGUGGAGUGUGUGCACUCUCAUAUUCAGAUUAGCAAUUUAAUUCAAUGACCGGGGUAGAAAAUGAUUACAAUCUAAAGUGCUUAGAAACAUAGUAUUAAAAGGCAACCCAAUCC